CUUUCUCCAUCAGAAAUGGCGACGCUAUUGAAAAUGAGCAGAUCCCCCCAAGACACUGAGCAGUACCUUCUGAGGGCGAAUGAGCAGAUAAUCAGCACAAUGGAGACCCAAGUGUCCAACGGCCCCACAAGCAACAGUUCUCUUCCCAAUGGGCCAUUGAUCAGUGCCAAUGGUGCCACUGAUGACUCCAAAACUAACCUCAUAGUGAACUACCUUCCCCAGAAUAUGACACAGGAAGAAUUCAAGAGCCUCUUUGGAAGCAUUGGAGAGAUUGAAUCCUGCAAACUGGUGCGAGACAAAAUCACAGGGCAGAGUUUAGGCUACGGCUUUGUCAAUUAUGUUGACUCCAAUGAUGCUGACAAAGCAAUAAAUACAUUGAAUGGGCUCAAACUACAGACAAAAACAAUCAAGGUAUCCUACGCACGGCCUAGUUCGGCUUCUAUCCGUGAUGCCAAUCUCUACGUGAGUGGCCUGCCCAAGACAAUGAGCCAGAAAGAGAUGGAGCAGCUGUUCUCACAGUAUGGGCGCAUCAUCACCUCCCGCAUCCUUGUUGAUCAGGUUACAGGUGUUUCCAGAGGGGUUGGUUUCAUCCGCUUUGACAAAAGGAUAGAAGCUGAGGAGGCCAUCAAGGGGCUGAAUGGGCAGAAACCACUUGGGGCCAGUGAGCCCAUUACAGUCAAGUUUGCUAACAACCCCAGUCAGAAGACAGGGCAAGCCCUGCUUACACACCUGUACCAGACCACAGCUCGGCGAUACACAGGACCUUUGCACCAUCAGACUCAGCGGUUCAGGCUCGACAAUUUGCUAAACAUGGCAUACGGCGUCAAGAGUCCUCUCUCCUUGAUCUCCAGGUUCUCUCCCAUCACGAUCGACAGCAUGACCAGCCUGGCGGGAGUCAACCUGACAGGGGCCUCCAGUGCUGGUUGGUGCAUCUUUGUGUACAACCUCUCACCAGAGGCAGACGAGAGUGUCCUGUGGCAGCUCUUUGGGCCCUUUGGGGCAGUCACCAACGUCAAAGUGAUCCGCGACUUCACCACCAACAAGUGCAAGGGCUUUGGCUUUGUCACCAUGACCAACUACGAUGAAGCAGCCAUGGCCAUCGCCAGCCUCAAUGGCUACCGACUGGGUGACCGAAUCCUCCAGGUUUCCUUCAAGACCAGUAAGCAACACAAGGCGUGAGUGAGUGAGUGAGCGAGCAAAAGAGAGAGGGGAGGGGCAAGCGACCGAUGUGCUGGAAACAGCUCUCUUCCCCAACUCACCACAAGAAUGGAAGUGUGCAUUGACUCAAUGUU